UCCAAAGAGCAGAGAGAGAGAAAGAGAGAUCGAGAUCGAGAUAGAUAGAGAGAGAUCGAGAUAGAGAUGAGAGAGAGAGAGAGAGAAAGUUGAUGGUUGUGAUAGCGCUGGAUCGAUCAGGCCUCAUCUGGAAGAGCCAUAUGAAGCCAUAGCUACCUAGUCUUUGCAUUCAUGCCCAGUUACCCCUUGACACCCAAAUGCAUGCUGGUUAAUGAUUGACAUUGACCACCCAUGGCUGGAGACGCACAGCUGGGAGAUGUAGAGACAAACAGCACAGAGAGGGGACAAGGCAGUCCCUAUGAUAAAGGAAGAGAGAGAGCGUAGUCGGACUGUUAGACUCCAACCGAAAGCUAUAGAUCAAGCGCUCAAACUAAGAGGAUAUUUAUCUAUUAACUAAGGGAUUAAAUCUUCAGCUAAGUCAGGAUACAUUGAGUUUAUAUAUUUAGUGGGGCAUAUGGCUGAAAGCCUCUUGUGAUUGUAGUUAUCAGUCUAAUUCAUUUACACCUUCUGGGUUCUCAAUAAUUGGCCUGUCGAUGUGGAUGGCUGGCGUUCUCUCUCAUGGUGUUCUACUCUCUGGGUCCAACUCUUCCACCACAGACUACAUCAACCUCACUGAUACUGGGGGCACAACGAGAGCACCUCAGCCCUGCUCCGGAGCACCGCCUUCAAAGUGUGUGUGCUCUGCGUCCUCAUCCCCAUACCGGUAUUUGCCAUACUGGGCAAACUCCUCAUCGUGGCUUCUGUCGGACGCUUCCGGAACAUCCAGAUGCCCACCAACUCCUUCAUUGUCUCUUUAGCAAUGGCGGACCUCCUGGUUGCUGUGCUGGUGAUGCCGUUCAGCCUGUUGCGCUCUGUGGACACCUGGUGGUUUGGACGGAACUUCUGUGUGGCCCACUUCCUUUUGGACAUGACCCUGUGCACUUCCUCCAUCUUCAACCUCAGCUGUGUGGCAUUGGACCGGUACGUGGCAGUGUGCGACCCACUUCACUACCCCACCCGUAUGUCUCCAAGACGGGUCACUAUGCUCCUCCUGCUCUCCUGGCUGCUCCCCCUCCUCAUCUCCUCCCUCUGCGUCUCCCUCAGCAUGUACUAUUUGACGCCCCCUACUGGGUACAGGGGCACCCAGCAGGAAAGCCCAACCUGUGUGGCCCAGAUCCACACACCCUAUGCUGUGGCUGACUCUACGGUGUGUUUCUUCAUUCCUGUUGUGUUCAUGCUGUUUGCCUAUGGGAGGAUCUUUAUGGUGGCUCAGAGGCAGGCCAGGUGGAUCCAUGCCAUGGAGAACCAUUCAGGGCAGCUCCACAUGGACCAGAACCCUACCAGGGAAGAUCCAGCACGGCCAGACCCAGCCAGGCCAGACCCAGCCAGAUCAGAUCCAGCCAGGCGAGUCCAGGCUAGGUUGGGAGGCUUCUCCAUCAGAAAGGAGAACAAGGCUGCAAGGACCCUGGGUUUGAUCAUGGGGGCUGUUCCUAAUGUGCUGGCUCCCCUACUUCAGUAUCAACAUAGCCUUUACUCUGUGGGGAGACAGGAUCAGCCCCAUAGUCCUGGAGGCCUCUAUGUGGCUGGGCUAUGCUAACUCAUCUCUGAAUCCUUUUAUUUAUGCCUUCUUCAAUAAAGACUUUCGCCAUGCGUUUGUGGCCAUCUUGGGUUGUGAGAUACUAGGCAGGCAGAUCAGGGGGUGUUUGGUGUCUACUCAGGAGAUCAGUAGGCAGGUACAUACUGUAGUUACCUUGGAAACCAUCUCAAAAUGACUGCCGGAGUGCAGGUAGAUUCCUUUUAUUAAACAGAAAAUGUAUUGGUUACAUACACAUAUUUAGCAGAUGUUAUUGUGGGUGUAGCUAAAUGCUUGUGUUCCUAGCAACAGUGCAGUAGUGUCUGACAUCUCACAACAAUACACAAAUCUAAAAG